UAUUAUUAUUAUUAUUAUUAUUAUUAUUAUUAUUAUUAUUAUAAAUACACUUCUAAAAACUGAAAGUAAGACUCAAGCAGCUCUAGCUCACACAGACAGUUAAGGACAAGGAGGAGAAACACAGUCAGACAUAAAUGUAGAAAUGUAAGGUUAGAUGCUGUUUAUUUGUCAUGCAUUCAAUAAAAAAGGCACAUUUUGCUAUCUAUUUAAAGUAACUAAUGUAUAGACAAGACAUAGUGUAUCUCUGAAGGCAUCACUGAUGAUCUUGUGUCCUGAAUUCUGUUCAGUGAUAAUGGAAGUAAGACUUUCCAUUAUCACUUAUUUCCAUAAAAAAAGUCCAAACCAAGUUAAGAUUAACAAUUUAAUUGAGGUUCAACAAAUAAAAAACAGAAGCAAUAUUGAUAAACAAAUGAUAAAGCUUGGCUUAUUGAAUAUCAGAUCCCUUUCUACGAAAACACUUUUUGUAAAUAAUAUGAUCACUGAUCAUAAUAUAGAUGUGCUCUGUUUGACAGAAACCUGGCUAAAACCUGAUGAUUACAUUAUUUUAAAUGAGUCCACCCCCCAAGAUUAUUGUUAUAAACACGAGCCGCGUCUAAAAGGCAAAGGUGGAGGUGUUGCUUCAAUUUAUAACAACGUUUUCAGGAUUUCUCAGAGGGCAGGCUUCAAGUAUAACUCGUUUGAAGUAAUGGUGCUUCAUAUAACAUUAUCCAGAGAAACAAAUGUUAAUGAUAAAUCCGCUGUUAUGUUUGUACUGGCUACUGUAUACAGGCCACCAGGGCACCAUACAGACUUUAUUAAAGAGUUUGGUGAUUUUACAUCCAAGUUAGUUCUGGCUGCAGAUAAAGUUUUAAUAGUUGGUGAUUUUAAUAUCCAUGUUGAAAAUGAAAAAGAUGCAUUGGGAUCAGCAUUUAUAGACAUUCUGAACUCUAUUGGUGUUAGACAACAUGUUUCAGGACCUACUCAUUGUCGAAGUCAUACUCUAGAUUUAAUACUGUCACAUGGAAUUGAUGUUGAUAGUGUUGAAAUUAUUCAGCCAAGUGAUGAUAUCUCAGAUCAUUAUUUAGUUCUGUGUAAACUUCAUAUAGCCAAAAUUGUAAAUUCUGCUUCUUGUUACAAGUAUGGAAGAACCUUCACUUCUACCACAAAAGACUGCUUUUUAAGUUAUCUUCCUGAUGUAUCCAAAUUCCUUAGCAUAUCCAAAACCUCAGAACAACUUGAUGAUGUAACAAACACUAUGGACUCUCUCUUUUCUGGCACUUUAAAUAAAGUUGCUCCUUUACGCUUAAGGAAGGUUAAGGAAAACAGUUUGACACCAUGGUAUAAUGAGCAUACUCGCACCCUAAAGAGAGCAGCCUGAAAAAUGGAGCGCAGCUGGAGGAAAACAAAACUAGAGGUAUUUCGUAUUGCUUGGCGGGAAAGUAACAUAUCCUACAGAAAAGCAUUAAAAUCUGCUAGAUCCGAUUACUUUUCUUCUCUUUUAGAAGAAAACAAACAUAACCCCAGGUAUUUAUUCAAUAAAGUGGCUAAAUUCAAGAAUAAAGCCUCAACAAGUGUUGACAUUUCCCAACACCACAGCAGUAAUGACUUUAUGAACUACUACUAAAAUUGCAACCAUUCAGCCGUCAUCUACAGUAUCACAUCAGACAGUGCACUAUAGACCCCCUGAGGAACAGUUCCACUCAUUCUCUACUACAGGAGAGGAAUAAUUGUAUAAACUUGUUAAAUCAUCUAAACCAACAACAUGUAUGUUAGACCAUAUACCACCUAAGCUCCUAAAAGAGGUGCUUCCAGAAGUCAUAGAUCCUCUUCUGACUAUUAUUAAUUCCUCGUCAUUAGGAUAUGUCCCCAAAACCUUCAAACUGGCUGUUAUUAAGCCUCUCAUCAAAAAACCACAACUUGACCCCAAAUAACUAGUUAAUUAUAGACCAAUCUCGAAUCUCCCUUUUCUGUCCAAGAUACUAGAAAAGGUGGUAUCCUCACAAUUAUAUUCCUUCUUAGAGAAAAAUGGUAUAUGUGAGGAUUUCCAGUCAGGAUUUAGACCGUAUCAUAGUACUGAGACUGCUCUCCUUAGAGUUACAAAUGAUCUGCUCUUAUCAUCUGAUCGUGGGUGUAUCUCUCUAUUAGUUUUAUUGGAUCUUAGUGCUGCGUUUGACACAAUUGACCACAACAUUCUUUUGCAUAGACUUGAACACUUUGUUGGCAUCAGUGGAAGUGCAUUAGCAUGGUUUAAAUCGUACUUAUAUGACCGCCAUCAGUUCGUAGCAGUGAAUGAAGAUGUAUCAUAUCGAUCACAGGUGCAGUAUGGAGUACCUCAAGGCUCAGUACUAGGGCCGCUACUCUUCACGCUUUAUAUGUUACCCUUGGGAGAUAUCAUCAGGAAACAUGGUGUUAGCUUUCACUGUUAUGCUGAUGAUACUCAGCUCUAUAUUUCCUCGCAGCCCGGUGAAACACACCAAUUUGAAAAACUAAUGGAAUGCAUAGUCGAUAUAAAAAAUUGGAUGACGAGUAAUUUCUUACUGCUAAAUUCAGAAAAAACAGAGGUGUUAAUCAUAGGGCCUAAAAACUCUGCUUGUAAUAACCUAGAACACUGUCUAAGACUUGAUGGUUGCUCUGUCAAUUCUUCGUCAUCAGUUAGGAACCUAGGUGUGCUACUUGAUCGCAAUCUUUCCUUAGAAAGCCACGUUUCUAGCAUUUGUAAAACUGCAUUUUUCCAUCUCAAAAAUAUAUCUAAAUUACGGCCUAUGCUCUCAAUGUCAAAUGCAGAAAUGUUAAUCCAUGCAUUUAUGACUUCAAGGUUAGACUAUUGUAAUGCUUUAUUGGGUGGUUGUUCUGCACGCUUGGUAAACAAACUACAGCUAGUCCAAAAUGCAGCAGCAAGAGUUCUUACUAGAACCAGGAAGUAUGACCAUAUUAGCCCGCGCCUGUCCACACUGCACUGGCUCCCUAUCAAACAUCGUAUAGAUUUUAAAAUAUUGCUUAUUACUUAUAAAGCCCUGAAUGGUUUAGCACCUCAGUAUUUGAAUGAGCUCCUUUUACAUUAUACUCCUCUACGUCCGCUACGUUCUCAAAACUCAGGCAAUUUGAUAAUACCUAGAAUAUCAAAAUCAACUGCGGGCGGCAGAUCCUUUUCCUAUUUGGCGCCUAAACUCUGGAAUAACCUACCUAACAUUGUUCGGGAGGCAGACACACUCUUGCAGUUUAAAUCUAGAUUAAAGACCCAUCUCUUUAACCUGGCAUACACAUAACAUACUAAUAUGCUUUUAAUAUCCAAAUCCAUUAAAGGAUUUUUAGGCUGCAUUAAUUAGGUAAACUGGAACCGGAAACACUUCACAUAACACCGUACUUUCUACAUCAUUAGAAGAAUGGCAUCUACGCUAAUAUUUGUCUGUUUCUGUCUUAUUCCGAGGUCACCGUAGCCACCAGAUCCAGUCCGUAUCCAGAUCAGAGGGUCACUGCAGUCGCCCGGAUCCAGUACGUAUCCAGACCAGAUGGUGGAUCAGCACCUAGAAAGGACCUCUACUGCCCUGAUAGACAGCGGAGACCAGGACAACUAGAGCCCCAGAUACAGAUCCCCUGUAAAGACCUUGUCUCAGAGGAGCACCAGGACAAGACCACAGGAAACAGAUGAUUCUUCUGCACAAUCUGACUUUGCUGCAGCCUGGAAUUGAACUACUGGUUUCGUCUGGUCAGAGGAGAACUGGCCCCCCAACUGAGCCUGAUUUCUCCCAAAGUUUUUUUCUCCAUUCUGUCACCGAUGGAGUUUCGGUUCCUUGCCGCUGUCGCCUCUGGCUUGCUUAGUUGGGGUCACUUCAUCUACAGCGAUAUCGUUGACUUGAUUGCAAAUAAAUGCACAGACACUAUUUAAACUGAACAGAGAUGACAUAGCUGAAUUCAAUGAUGAACUGCCUUUAACUAUCAUUUUGCAUUAUUGAGACACUGUUUUCCAAAUGAAUGUUGUUCAGUGCUUUGACGCAAUGUAUUUUGUUUAAAGCACUAUAUAAAUAAAGGUGAUUGAUUGAUU